AGCCCCGGUGAGAAGAUGGUCGGCGGCUCGUGUGCUCGCAGGCUGGCCCGCCGGUCCCGGUCCGCCCUGAUAGCAGCCCUGACGGUGCUGCUGGUCCAGACCCUGGUCGUGUGGAACUUCAGCACCCUCGACUCCGGCGAAGAGCGACAAAACGCAGGCUCUAGCAGCGUGCGGGGAAAGAGGGACAACAAAGCAGCUGCUGGCAGCGACUAUUUCCAGCACGGAGUCCAUCAGCAGCAGCGGCAGCGGCAGCCGGGCCAGCAUCAUCCUCCCGCUCCGGGGAGGCCGACGUCUCGACACAUACAGCAGCCGGAUGGAUAUUACUCCCACCGGCCGAAGGAAAAAAGUAGAGUUGACAGCAACAACGAGAACUCUGUGCCCAAAGACUUUGAGAAUAUGGAUAAUAGUAACUUUGGUGCACGUUCACAGCCACACAGGCAAUCUGUAGGGGCCAAAGGCAGUAAGCAGCGGGAGCGUCUGCAGGAGAAGGCUCAAGCUCAGCAACAAAGCUGGAAGGACAACUCCCCGAGACUAGGCCGCAGCUCAAACGAGGUUCUCCCGGUAGGCCACCAGUCCCUGACAGUCGGAAACAUCAGCUCAUACCCUGGAGGUCAAGGCCUUGUGGGCGGUGCACAGCAGCACUACCGUGUCUCUCAGGUCCAUCAUGCUCAGUCACAGCACAAAUCUCAGCACCCCCACAAGAAACAGGCAACUGCAGCAACACUGGAGGUGACGUACGACCAGCCGCCCAAGUGCGAGAUCAGUGGGAAAGAAGCUAUUUCAGCCCUGUCUCGAGCCAAGAGCAAGGAGUGCCGGCAACAGAUUGCUGAGGUGUAUUGCAGACACAAGGAGGGCCAGUUAAUGCCAGAGAAGGUCACUCGUUACUGCCCAAUUGAAGGUAAAGCCAAUGUAAAUAUCCAGUGGGAUGAAGACUCUGCUGAGAACAUUCCAUCAAAUCCAGUGAGAAUAGCGUUUGUCCUUGUGAUUCAUGGGCGGGCUUCUCGCCAGUUUCAACGCCUCUUUAAAGCCAUAUACCACACUCCGCACUUCUACUACAUACAUGUCGACCAGCGCUCUAACUACCUGUACAGGCAGGUCCAGGCCUUAGCAACCCAGUACCCCAACGUGAGGGUGACCCCCUGGCGGAUGGCUACCAUCUGGGGGGGAGCCAGCUUGCUGACCAUGUAUUUGCGUAGCAUGGCCGACCUCCUGGCCAUGAGGGACUGGAACUGGGACUUCUUCAUCAAUCUCAGCGCCGCUGAUUACCCCAUCAGGAACAAUAACCAGCUGGUGGCCUUCCUCUCCAAAUACAGAGACAUGAACUUCAUAAAGUCCCAUGGCAGAGACAAUGCAAGGUUUAUUCGUAAGCAGGGUCUGGAUCGUCUGUUCUACGAGUGUGACACCCACAUGUGGAGGCUGGGUGACCGAAAAAUUCCAGAAGGCAUCUCUGUGGACGGUGGGUCGGACUGGUUCCUUCUCAACCGCAUGUUUGUUGAAUAUGUGAUCAACUCCAAGGAUGAUCUGGUCACCAACAUGAAGCGCUUCUACGCAUACACUCUGCUGCCUGCUGAGUCAUUCUUCCACACUGUGUUGGAGAAUAGCGCCCACUGUGAGAGUAUGGUGGAUAACAACCUGCGCAUUACAAACUGGAACCGUAAACUGGGUUGCAAGUGCCAGUACAAGCACAUUGUGGACUGGUGUGGAUGCUCUCCUAAUGACUUUAAGCCAGCAGACUUCCACCGCUUUCAGCAAACAGUGAGGCCCACCUUCUUUGCCAGGAAGUUUGAGGCCAGUGUGAACCAGGAAAUAGUGAACCAGCUGGAUACGUACCUGUUCGGACCAUUUCCCCAGGGGCUGCCAGCACUAAACUCGUACUGGGAGAAUGUCUACGAUGAGCCCGAUAGCGUGGCCAGCCUGUCGGACACACAGCUCACAUACUAUCACUCCUUCUCACGACUAGGCCUCGCCAGGGCUGCAGCCUCGCUGCAGGGGAGCCCAAGUGAUCACAGCUGCAGGUACUUCCCCAUGGGACAUCCAGUGUCAGUACAUCUUUACUUUCACUUAGACCAGUUCCAGGGCUACCUGGUCAAGCACCACGCCACCAACCUGGCAACAAGCAAACUGGAGACGGUGGAGACCUGGGUGGCACCCAAGAAGAACUUCAAGCUAACCACACCUCCCACCAGCACAUUCAGCAGGUUACAGUUUGCAGAGAUUGGCACAGAGUGGGAUGCCAAAGAGCGCAUGUUCAGAAACAUUGGUGGACUCAUGGGUCCCGUGGAUGAGACGGUGGGCAUGCAGAAGUGGAAUAAAGGGCCUAACGUCACUGUCACUGUUGUGUGGAUCGACCCCACCAAUGUCAUCGCAGCCACCUAUGACAUCCUGAUAGACGCGAGCGCAGAGUUCACCCACUACCGUCCACCACUCAACCAGCCCCUGCGACCCGGCGUGUGGAGUGUCCGCAUCCUGCAUCACUGGAGUCCUGUGGCAGAGAUACGUUUCCUGAUUGCCCCGUUGGCUUAUAAUAAGCACCAGCCCAUACAGCAAGAGAAUACGUUGAAGCUCCACAAUGGGCCAGCAAAGAACAGCUACAUGGAGCAGAGUUUCCACGGUCUGAACCCAGUGCUCAACAUCCCUGUCAGCCUGGCUUACGUCGAGCAGGCAAAGAGGAACGCAGCCCUCACUGGCCCGGAGCUGGAGAACUGGUUAGAUAGCCUUGUCGGCGAAAUGUGGGAGGCAGCUGAUGUGUGUGCCGUCGGCCCCACUGCCUGUCCCGUCAUGCAGACCUGUGCCAGAAGCCCAUGGAGUUCGCUUAGCCCAGAUCCAAAAUCGCAGCUGGGAGUGCCACGCGCUGAUGGUCACAUCAGGUAGCAGCGAGGCUUCCAGCUGGACAGGAGGCCACAGCGCUGGUUAUUUAUACUUUAUUUGAGAGGUUUCUUGUUCGUGUGGGGGAGAAGUGUGAGUGUUCUCCGUCUGUCCUGGGUGAAAAAGGAGGAUAAAAAAAAAACAAAUUGCUUUUUUUGGUGGGUGUCUGGACAGAAACCGAGAGGAUGAAUCUAUCAGAUCACCCCACAGGAUUAUUUCUUUUAGGGGAAUUUGCUGGCUUUUGCUACUUCACUUUCCAACUUUAUUUAUUUUUCUUCUUGUUGCUGAGUCCCACUGUGAUCAAGCAUUGCAGUUUACAAGCUUUUAAUUGGCUGAUUAAUGAAUUAUGAAGUUAGUUUGUAAUGCCCUGCACAGGGCACUGAGGCUAUGUGAGUUUGGUUCAUAUGGGAAAAAAAAAAAAUAGAUGUAAAGUAGACAUUAAUGAGGAGCUGCCCAGGUACUGAAUGAAAUUUGCGUCCUUGAGUUCAUGUGAACAACAGCUAAAUAUAUCUGUGUUUUCAUCAACCCCAAAACAGAUCAAAAAUAUUAUGAUGAUUCACCUCAAAAGUGGCAUUAGAAGCAAAUUUUUCCAGAAAUUAGAAAAACUAAUUGAGACACAGAAACUGCUUUUAGCUAGGCUAAGCAUCUGAAGAUCCACUUUUGUUAAUAUAAGGUCCAUUUCCAAUAGACAGGGGUUUUGGGUAGAUUUCUCGGAGCCAUUACCAGGAACGGCCCUACAAAAGUGGCCUUCAGGAACCUUUACAGGGCCAAAAAACAUUCCUGUAGUAGGAGAGGUACUCAGGUGGAUCAACAGGAGCUUCCUGCCGGGGGUCUCUGCUAAUUGAGAUUUCUUUUUUUUUUUUUUUUUUUUUUUUUUUUUUUAAAGAUUGAACACAGAUUUAUUUAAAAUAUCCUGAGCACCAUCAAACCUGCUAAUUCCCAACCAUAGGCCAAAUGACAAAAUGUCUACAAAGUUUGGCUUUAUAAGAGGUGAAAAGGAUUGCAUUGUCAUUUCACAGAAAAUCCAUACACUGAUAUUUUAGUUUAAAACGUAAAUCUGACAGAUGUGUUAAGCUUUUUUAAAAGCUUAACACAAGCUUGAUGGGAUUUCUAAAUUAUAUUCAGCACUUUCACAUUCAUAUAAAUCAAGUGAACACAACUUAUUUGAACCUAUUGGACCAGAAACAUCUUGCUAUGACUACAUAUGCUUAAGUUGGAGAUUAAAAGGAUAAAAACGAUUGAUGGGCUGACGAGUCGGUUGGUGUAUUAUGCCAAUGUAGAAGCAGCAUCCAUUGUUGACGUGUUUCUUCUUCUUUUUAUUGUUUUAGAGCAUUCUUCUUUUUCAUUUCCUAAACUGCUGCUGGGCAUUUGUGAACAGCAAGAAAUGUGCAUUACCACCACCUCGUGGUCGCCUGUGCUAUUUGUUCAGUGAAUAGUUCUUGCGUGGCACUACAGUGUAAUGAAGACACGCCGGCUGAAGGGGCUGGUAAGACUGUCGGCCCUGUUAGAGGUUCCUGUCCGGUUGGCUUACCCUGAAUCCCCGAUAAUGGAAACACACCUAUAGUAAGUUAUAAAUGUAAACACAAAGGCCUUUUAGGGAUAUUUAGAUAAUUGGGGAAGAUCAUUAAAGAAGUGUUUUUCAGUGUUUUAGUAUUAAUUUAUAAAUACUUCCUUUGCCGUCUCUUUAUGAUAAUGUUUUCAGGUAUAACAGAUACUUUGCAUAGAUUUAUUUAAUGACACUCAGAUGUUGUGACAGGCGGCAGACAAAAAACUGAUUUGUCUGUCUUGUUUUUUUUUUGUUUUUUGUUCUUUCCUUUUUAAUAAACCUGCCUCAAACUUGAAACAAAAUUACCUUAAGCUGGCCAUAAAAGUUUUUGUUUUAUUUCAGUCAUUUCAGUGACACUUGUACUUAAUUAUAACACGUGUCUCAAAUUGUGUGAAUGGGGGGUGGGGUUUCGUCCACGAGUCACUAUUUAUUUAUACAUUUGUAUUAAUACUGAUAUUUUUAGUCGGUGACUAAAUAACUGCAACGCUGCCUUGGCAGCAUGAUAAAUAUUUUAUUGUUAAAAAACAUGCCUUUAUUUAAAAAGGCUAACACCCCAGACUUAUCUUGUACCUUUUUAUGGCCCGCAGCUGUGGAUUUGUCAGUGUUGUCCCGUCUGAAUAGUUCUUCUUGUCCUGUUUUUUUUUUUUCUUUUUGAUAUGGAUGUUUGCCAAGUGCAUCACAAGGGAAAGCCACACUGACCUGUGAGAUCAGAGAUCAGCUACCUUACAACCUUACCAAACAGAGAAGGUGAAAAAAAAAAAACUUUUCACAAGCAAACACACUGGAAAAUGCUUGGACCGAAGGAAAAAAACUGUGCUUUUUGGUGUUUCGUGGUUGUUAUGAGUGUCAGAAUGACAGUGAGUGGUUGUGAUAUUCAUGCUGUGACAAUAAUGUACAAUUUAAAGUGAAUAUUAUAGUGUAUAUUGAUUUCAGAAAUGAAUAAUUUAUUAGAUAAGUUCUAUAGCACCUUGUCAGCCCUUUUACAUUUGAUGUACUUUUGCUCCCAUCAAGACAAUCUCUGUGCAUUUGAGACAACUUAAUUAUACGUGGAGUAGUGCUGUACCGCAACACAUCCUGGACAAAAGGUUUGCUCACAUAUUUGCUUUACCUUGAAAUAAGUUGCAUCUGAAGUGAAUUACGUUUUCAGUGAUUGCUAACAUUGUUCAGUGAUCACAUGAGCCAAGGUAGUGUUUUUACACGGGCUAAUGAAGAGAUCUUACUGUUCAUUAAUGUCAAAUUCACCUUGCCUCUCCGUCAGAUGUGUGUACUAUAACUGCUACUUCUCUUUCCCUUUCACAUCUAUGCUGUUUCUGGAGCUCAGUUGUAAAGGACAACUUUGUGAUCCACUGGCUGGAUUCUGCUGCCCUCUUAUAACUGAUAGUGCCACCUCGCUCUGAACAAUUACUUCACACAAUAAACAUGAUGUAAGCUUAAUGAAAGUCUGGGGGGGUGAAUUAAAGUUCAUUAAAUGUGAGUCCUAUUUUGUAACAUGAUUAACACGUGAAGAAGAUGUACAUAUGUAUUUUGUAUUGAAGUAUUGUUAAAAAAAGAAGUUAUUGUACAUAUAAAUACUGAUCUGGUAAAAACAACACUGAGUUAUCACGAGUUUUUGAAAUGUCAUUAACUAAGCAAAACAGUGAAUUGACUUGUGGAUUAAAGUACAUACACUUGUUUCAGUGUUUCGGACGGCUGCGACAGCAACCUAGCCCUGUUUGGCUCUCAGAUAAAAUCAGAUUGUUGUUGUACUUAAUGGAAUGUAUUGUUGAGCAACUGUUGCACAAAUUUCUCUGACUGAUGUGUCCCCUUUUAUUUUAUCUGGGGGAGGCUCUGUGUGCCUUAGCUGAUUUCUAGAACUUUCUCCAUUGAAACAAAAUCCUGAUUUUAUUUGUUUUUGACCUCAUGUGAGGAAUGCCAUAAGUCUGUCGAGUGAUUCAUUAAUACUGCAACACCAAAAUGAUGUCUGCUGUUGUAUAUAUCAUUAGGCCUUCUGUUGUUAUGGCUCAUAUUUUUUUUUCCUUCCUCGGUGGAAUUUGUUUUUGUUGUAAUAGCUUCUUUUCAUUUUCUC